UUCUGAAGAACGUAAAGCUAGUGGGUGUUCUGGCUUUUCUCUUUGUAAUCAUCUCAUAUUCGGACACAAAAUAGAAAUAACUUCAAUCAAGAACAUACAUCGGAUGAAUGUGACUGGCAUGUGAGCGUAUGCAUGCCCGACAAGUGUAGCAGGCUUGUAACGAUUUCAGGAAAUACUUAAAAGCUUGAGGGGUGGCAAGCAUAGCGUUUUCACAAAUGAUUGCAACCACAACAAAGACAUGCUGUGAGCGGGAAGUCGCAGUGCCCAAAAGCUUAUCAUCAUGAAGGGCUCCAGCUCCAGAUGGACCUUUUCAGUGGGCUUCCUUGUGGGGGCCUGCAGCAUGUACUUCUUCCUACACCAGGUUUGGUUUGAGCGAAGCUACCCUGUGCUGUCGGAGGCUCAGGAAAAAGCCACAGCUGUAGAGGAGAUACCAACCAGCUGGAGGAAGGAGGGAGCAGCAAUUAUCAACCUGCUCCACCCUCACCAUGCAGAUGAAGAUGGCAGGGUGGCAGAUAUGUUGUACCAGAAGGUGCGUGUUCUCUGUUGGGUAAUGACAGGGCCAUAUAACCUGGAGAGCAGGGCUCGCCAUGUCCGUGCCACCUGGAGUCGACACUGUAACAUUGUGGUAUUUAUGAGCUCUGAGGAGGACCCAGACUUUCCCACUGUGGGUUUGGGAACGAAGGAGGGCCGUGACCAGCUCUAUUGGAAAACCAUCCGAGCCUUCCACUAUGUCUUCGAACACCAUCUGAAUGAAGCAGACUGGUUCUUAAAAGCAGAUGAUGACACUUAUGUUGUGGUGGACAACCUGCGUUGGAUUCUGUCCAACCACACCCCUGAUGAACCCAUCUACUUUGGGAAACGCUUUAAGCCUUACACCAAACAAGGCUAUAUGAGUGGGGGUGCAGGCUAUGUGCUCAGCAAGGAAGCCCUCAAGAGAUUUGUGGAAGGUUUUCGGAACAAGGUUUGUACACACACUACCCCAGUGGAAGACCUAGCAUUGGGCCAGUGUUUGGAGAAGAUGGGUGUUCUAGCUGGGGAUUCCAGAGACACUCUGCAUAGAGAAACUUUUCACCCAUUUGUGCCAGAGCACCAUCUAACCAGCAAAUUCUCCAAGAGCUUCUGGUACUGGAGCUACUGUUACUAUCCAAUUGUUGAGGGUCCUCAGUGCUGCUCAGAUUUGGCAGUAUCGUUCCAUUAUGUAGAAGCAGAGCUGAUGUACACGCUGGAGUACUACACCUACCACCUCAGACCUUACGGAUACAUGCCACGAUAUCGGCCCUCCGUACACUACAGCAGGACCCUCCGCCCAUUCUCGCAGACAGCUGUGACUGUGGGACUUAAAGCAGUUCAGCAGGUGACCGAUGGAAGGAGAAACAAAACUACUUCUUUCUAUGUAAAUGGAAACCAAACCAAAGAGGAGACACACCCAGAAAAGCGUGUGGGAGAUGAUCUGAACCCAAGCCUCACAGAGAACAGAACUGCAGUCACACAAGAUAACCAUCUAUGAUUUGCGUACUGCUUUUCAGCUGGGGCUGAAGGUGCUGUAACCGCAGUGUAUCUGACGUACAUUAGAACUGAUGCUGGAAGCACUGAUGGCUAUUUCACCCUGUGACGGGAACAUGAGCUGUGGUUGAGAGUUCCUGUUCCAGAAAGUCUGUUUGUCUGUCCUAUGCAGCAUUUUGGCUUUCUGGUCUUUUCUUCUGACAAAGCUUGCUCAUUGAAAACACACAGAAUGUUCCACGCAGUAUUCCAAAGUAAGUGCUCCUGGUAGGACUGCAGGAGUGAAUACAAUUUUAAUUCGCUCAGUGGCAGCUACAUUUGACUUUUUUUGGGUUGGGUUUUGCCUAUUUGACUACACCUGGCCUUUUGUGUCUUUCCUUUUUCAAAUUUUUGACACAGCCACACCUAUUCACUCCAUUUGUGCUAUUCACUCAUUUUUUUUUCUUCUUUCUUUUUCCUUAACUACUGUGUGUCAGUACUGUGAAGUAUUUAGCUUUUUUGGGAUAUUUAAUUUUAAAUAUGAUCAGACAGUUGAUCAUACAAAUUGAUGAAGUUUUCCCCUUUUGGCUUCUUGACAGUAAUACAUAAUUGACGUUUAAACUACUGAGCUCUUUCUAAAUAUUUGCACUUUGAAUUACAUUUUUUUCCAUUUGCAACUCAAGGCUGCAGACUUGAAAUACAAAGCCACAAGUAACGCAUUGUUUCUUAUAGAAAUAAAAGUAUAAAAGCUUUUUAAAAUUAAUGUGAAAUACUAUAAUACAUAAAUGAGCAUUUUAGCACUUAUGUUUGAGAGCACUGAUAAGCAUUGUAUUAUAAAAAAUUCAAAGCUGUCAAACCACUUCCAAUGUAACCCACAUGACUAAAUGCCUUGCUUAAAGAAUCAGUUAAAGAGAUACAGGUAAAUGAAAUAACAUUUAAAUGAACAAAUUAUGUAUAAAAAUUUGGUUUAUUCUGAGUUUUUGACAAAAAGAAUACAUAAUAAAGGAACCAAGAUUA